AUGGAUAAUAAAACAGUUCAAAUUAAUAGCGAAAUAACACAUUCUCCAAUAACGUGGUAUUCUCACUUUUGCGAUGAAUGUAAACACCUUUCAGUUACUGAGUCAGCACUAAAAAAUCAUGAACUACAGCACCAUCCGUUUUGGAGUAAAGGUGGUGAUGUCAUGUUUUGUCAAAUUUACUCGGAAGACGACGACGGUACGUCCGGUGCAAUGGGUGACGAGGAAGCGCUGUCCGCCGUGUGGUACCUAGCCGCAUUCGGCGGUCUUGUGCUCUUCUUCUUCGUGGUCACGUGCUCCGAACUUUUCUUCGGCAAUCCCAUCUACCAGCGCCGCCCCGUUGAGCUGCCGCACGCCGGCUACCUGCGCCGUCACGUGUACGGGAUCCGGAACCACGGACAGCACCACGGCGGCAACUACAAGCCCGAGACGCCCCCCCCACCAUACCACCUGUUUGCGCCACCCAGUUACGACGACACCGUCAAGGGCGGGUUCGGACAGGUGUUGCAGCAGCAGCAGCAGCAGCAGCAGCAGCAGCAACCACAGCAGUACCACCACCGCGUUCCGGGCAAGAAGCUCGCCGACGUAUACGUGGUGCCCGUGCACGCGGCCACGACCGCCGCCACCGGCGCUACCACCUGCGCUGCCGGAGCCACCACCUGCGCCACGUGCACCACGAACGCCGUGGCCGUGGCGGUAGCAGACGCCAAGCUGUUGGCCGCCGUGUUGCCGCAGACGAAAUUCAAAUAAUCGUCGCCGACACUCUCCUCACAUUUCUCUUCCCAUCAUCAUUCGUUCUCUCGUCCUCGGUCCGCCACUGGAUUUUUACCCCUCCGGAUGGACGGGGACGGACGACGACGACGACGACAUACACGACAACGACAAGAUACUA